CCUCUCCCUCCGCUCCCUCUCCUCUCCCGCGCCGCUCGCCCUCGCUCUGGGCGUGACGCAAAAACGGCGAAAUCUACGGCGCGCCACUUGUGACCAAGAUCAUCACAAGCGGAGGCGGACGGCUCCCCCCGCGCGGUACUAACCCAAAUGAUCUACAAUUGAUAAUAUCAAUGUUAAGAAUGGAUGGGGAGCAAAAUAAGAAAAGAGAUGAUGUUGAUGAGAGUUUACAAACUGAGUUGACAGAAGAAUCCCAGAGAAAUAUAUCAGGAGAAAAUGCUGGAUGUGACUCUUUGUCUCAGCAGAAAACAAGGCUGAUACCAGAUGAAGUGUUCAGGGACCUUGAAAAGAAGAGAAAAGAGAAUGGCACAAACAAAAGGGCACUGUCAGGAUCACCAAACCUGGAUGUUGCUGAAGCAGACAAACCUGAAAAUGUCUCCAGAAAAAGAAAGCGGAGUUCUUCAGAAGACAUUGAAGAUAGUGAAAGGAAAUUACACAAAGUCAUAGCUGGAGAAGCAGGUAGUACAGUAGCUGGAGCUGUAAAGAAGGAAGGAGUUGCCAGUUGUCUUAGUGAUGACAUAUUUAAUUCAAAUUUCCUGUGCGUAUAUUGUGAUUUCAAAUGUGCUGAUGGUGCCAUAUUGAAAAUUCACAUGGAAAAUAAACAUUCACAAGAGGUGCCAGCUGCUGUUCCUGAUAAGUUAUCUUCUUCAGAAGAAAUCAGGGUUGGCUAUACAGUUGGAAACAUAGACAAAGAUCUUAAAGGCAAAAUGAGUAAUCAGUGUUUACCUUCCUGCUCUGAUACGGAAAAACAUAAACGAGAAUGCCCCUCUAAACAACCCGAAGAGCAAACAUGCCCUCACUGUAGUUGCACAGCUGAAUGUAGUUCAACAUUACACAUGCAUGUCAAGCAAGAUCAUGAGAAAUCCAAGAUAUUUUGUUGUGAUCUUUGUGGUUUUCAGAGUGCUGAGGAAAAUCUCCUGAAUUCUCAUUUCCUUGGCAAGACGCACCUUCGACGCCAAAAUCUUGCUGCACGGGGUGGAUUUGUGCAGAUAUUGACAAAAAAAUCCUUUAAAAAAAAACAAUCUACUGCAACCAAAGAGAGGAAUGUCAGAGCAAAACCGGGGACCAGUAAAUUAAGGGCAAGAACUGCUGAUACAAAAGAAUUAAGUGUUUGCAGUGCACUGAAAGGCUCAAAAGUAAGCUUGUCUAAACAAAAUGAUGGCGCUGAACUUGUUGAAAUGAUACCAUCUUCAAAUGUUCCCACUGAAAAAACAGAUACUGUGACAGAAGAAAUGUUGCUUUCUUCCAGUGUAGAAGGAAAUGAUAAAGUCUGUAGUGAAAAACUAGAAAUACCAGGGCCCUCAGAAAAUAUCUUGCAGAAAAUAGAACUCCCUCCAACUACCAAAAAGCUAGUUAGCAGUUUAAAGAUGACAAGGAGGUUUGAUAGACCGGAACAUAAAAGAAACAUUGUCUUGUUAAGGUCUUCAUUUGGACAAAGUAGGUCUUUUAGAUUAAAAAGGCAAGUUAAAAGAAGGUACAAUUUGUUGGGUAAUAGUAAGAGAGGCAAAUCUGAAACUCGGAGAGUACAUGUGAACCAUAUCUCCAGCACACAGCUUAAACCUAGUGAUUCAAGCCCUAUGUCACAUACAGAAUUAGAAACAGACGCUAAAAGUAAUUGCGAUACUACUUCAGAAAGUCAAGAUCUUACUGAAGAUAAGCUAAAUACCCUUUCUUCCAGCACUACAGAUACUAAACAUUCUGAUGUUAAACUUACUGCUGAUCAUGGUGUUCUUCAUACUUGUGUUGACUGUGGUCAUGUUUUUCAGAACAGAAAAAGUUUGGAAAUUCACAUUGCAAAGCUUCAUACAAAAAGGAUCCAGUUUCAUUGUCAGGUGUGUAGUUAUUCCUCUGGAGUCAGGGAAGAUAUGAAGCAACACUGUCAGGACAGUAAACACCAGAUGGGUGGUUGUAGCUUUAAUUGUCAACUCUGUUCAUUUACCAGCUUGAAUGUGAUCAGCCUUCGAAGCCAUAUGAGUGAAGCGCAUAAUAUGUCUCAUAGUUGUCCAACUUGCAUUCUUUUUUUUCAAAUGGAAGAAGAACUGAUAAAUCAUCAAAAAAAUGAGAAACAUGAUGGUUCGUUAUUUCAGCAAGCUACUCCAUUGAGUAACAGCGAUCAGACCUUGCAAGUGGUAACUUAUGCUGACUCAGUAUCAAACAAUAGCCAAAAUCUUGCAAAGGAAAUGGAAGUAUCAGUGAAAGCAAAAACUUCAGACUCUUCUUUCAUAAAUCAUAGAAAUGAACUAAAGCAUUCUGUUCUGAAUAAAACCCAAUUUCAAUGUAAAAAGUGUUUUUAUAAGACAAGAUCUUCCACGGUUCUUACAAGGCACAUAAAACUCCGACACGCACAGGAGUAUCACUUCCUUUGCAAAGCAUGUAAUCUCUACUCACUGAGUAAGGAAGGAAUGGAGAAGCAUAUCAAAAGAAGCAAGCACCUUGAAAAUGCCAGGAAAAACAACAUUGGACUACGUUUUGAAGAAUGUAUUGAAAAGGUUUGUGUUGGUGUUGGUGGUAUUAAAACAGUGGUGGAUCCUUCCAUUUCUGGGAGUGGGAAUACAGAGUUAGAUAAAGAAAUUAUACACGUUUCAUCUUCUUCUGUGGAAAACAUCUCAAGAAAUAAAGAAUUCGUUCCACUUGAUCAAAGGAUUGGUGGAAAUGAAUUGGUUUUAGCUAAUGCACCCAGAAGGGGGAAACCCAAAGGCACUAUUUCUAGGACAUGUACCCAUUGUGGUCUUUUGGCCUCCAGUGUUACAAAUUUGACUGUUCACAUCAGACGAAAGCAUAGUCAUCAGUACAGCUAUUUGUGUAAGGUUUGCAAUUAUUAUACUGUAACCAAAGGAGAUAUGGAACGCCAUUGUGCAACCAAAAAACACAAAAGUCGCGUUGAAAUAGAAGGAUGUGGAAAACAGAACUCGGAGAUCAUCGUUAGCCCUGAAGGAGGUAAUUUUGAAUCUGUGAGCAAGAAGGUUAAUAGCCCCAUGACUGCCUUGUAUGAACAUGUUGAGGAUGGUAGCCAGUCAUCAGAUCUGGAAAAUUCUGUCUUAGACAAUCAGGAAGUUGAGCAAGGAGAUGCUGAGCUAAAAGUUGUAAAUGCCAGUAGGCUGCCAGAUUUGGAGCAUACUAGCACUCCAUUAAAUAUAAACCAAAGUAUAUUUCUGGAACCAGCGAGGGUUACUCAAGAUGGUGACCCGUGCUUCCAGAGAAGAGCAGUGGGUGCAAACGACAACAAGUGUGUCCACUGCAGCUUCAUUGCUCAUUCUUCUUCUUCUUUAGAGCUGCAUGUGAAGCGAAAACAUACAAAACAAUUUGAAUACUACUGCAUGGCUUGUGACUACUAUGCUGUUACUCGCAGAGAGAUGAUUAGGCAUGCAGCAACAGAGAAACAUAAAAUUAGAAGAGAAUCUUACGUUUAUUCUUCUGGGGAGGAAGCAAACACAGCAAAUAUCACUAAAGAAGGCACUGCUUUGUCUCAAGAGGAGCACCAUCACAGUGCAGGAGAAUCAAAAACUGUUUUAGAUGAAACAAAAUGUGCCAAUGACGCAGCAGAAGGUGAUCAUAUGAAUAAAAGCUUAACUGAGUGUACUGUCUUAGAUGAAAAUGCAUCUCCAGGAAUGCCUGAAGGUGGCAGUUCCCAAAAUGCAGUAGAAGGUGAACUUGAAGAGACAGCUAAAAAUGGAGAAGACGACCUUUUUUGCGAAGGAUUCCAGCAAACUCCUCAGAAAGAUAAAGCUGUUAAACUUGACAAGGAAGUAUCAGUUAAAGAAACAGGUACUUGUGAGUUGCAGAAAAGUAGGCAUGGUCAGGAGCUGCUCAACUCAGAUGAUUGCACUGCAGAAAAUCAAAACAGAUCAAGCAGCACAAACUUGAAUUCAGGAAAAGGUGAGGAAAGCUUGGAAGCAAAUAGAGAAAACCAUGAAGUAGAGUGUAGAAACACAGGCAUUCUUAAAAAAAUAUCACUGGAAAAAAAUAACCCACGUAUGCUAACUCUUCCAGAAACAAGUAGUGCAGUAGAACAAUCAGAUUUUGCUGGAAACAUUGGAGAAAUGGUACAAAAUAUACAUAGUUUAGAGGGUGACAGAAGUUUCAAAGAGGAUCCUACUGGGGAGGAGGAAGAAGCCCUUAUGGAAGCACAACAUGAAGCAGAAGUAACUAUAAAUAACAAUGUUUGGGAGGCAGAUGGCUCAACAGCUGAGGGCAUGCAAGAAAGUAGUAAUGAGGCUUUAGGAACAGUUUUCAGUGCUGAUGAUAAAGGAAAGGCAAUGCAAAAUUUUGGCAAGUUUGAUUCUUCUAUAGUGAGGUUAAAAAGCCAUCCAGAUGGGGAAGCCGCUGACCAUUCUGCUGAAGGACAGAUGUCAGGUGGGGUGAAAGCUAGUGAGCUCACAGUGAAAGCAGAUCCUUCACCAAGUGGUGGGAAAAAGAAAAAGUCAGAAGGAAUUUCCCUGGGGGAAUCGACACGUAUUCGCUGCGACGACUGUGGUUUUCUAGCAGAUGGUUUGAGCGGACUAAAUGUUCACAUAGCCAUGAAACAUCCUUCAAAAGAAAAACAUUUUCAUUGUUUACUCUGUGGAAAAUCAUUUUACACAGAGAGCAACCUUCACCAGCACUUGGCGAGUGCCGGGCACAUGCGAAAUGAGCAGGCGAGCGUGGAGGAGCUGCCCGAAGGAGGUGCUACCUUUAAGUGUGUGAAGUGCACGGAGCCCUUCGAUUCGGAGCAGAGCUUGUUUCUCCACAUCAAAGAGCAGCACGAAGAGCUGUUGCGGGAAGUGAAUAAGUACAUUGUGGAAGACACCGAGCAAAUAAACAGGGAGAGGGAAGAGAACCAAGGCAACGUCUGCAAGUAUUGUGGGAAGAUGUGUAGAAGUAGCAAUUCCAUGGCCUUCCUAGCUCACAUCCGUACCCAUACAGGAUCAAAGCCAUUCAAGUGCAAGAUAUGCCACUUUGCAACAGCUCAGCUCGGAGAUGCCAGAAACCAUGUCAAGAGGCACCUUGGGAUGAGGGAAUACAAGUGUCAUGUCUGUGGGGUGGCGUUUGUGAUGAAGAAGCAUUUGAAUACUCAUUUACUGGGCAAGCAUGGAGUUGGCACACCCAAAGAAAGGAAAUUUACAUGUCACCUGUGUGACAGGAGCUUCACGGAGAAGUGGGCGCUGAACAACCACAUGAAGCUGCACACGGGAGAGAAGCCGUUCAAGUGCACCUGGCCCACCUGCCAUUAUUCUUUCCUCACAGCCUCCGCCAUGAAGGACCACUUUAGGACUCACACAGGCGAGAAGUCGUUCCUCUGUGACCUUUGUGGCUUUGCCGGCGGGACACGUCAUGCCCUCACCAAGCAUCGGCGGCAGCACACAGGAGAGAAACCAUUCAAAUGUGAUGAGUGUAACUUUGCUUCCACGACGCAAUCACAUCUGACACGACAUAAGCGUGUCCAUACUGGAGAAAAGCCUUACAGAUGUCCCUGGUGUGACUACAGGUCUAACUGUGCUGAGAAUAUCCGGAAACACAUCUUACAUACAGGAAAGCAUGAAGGAGUAAAAAUGUAUAACUGUCCUAAGUGUAACUAUGGAACCAAUAUCCCUGUGGAGUUUCGUAACCACUUGAAAGAACUACACCCAGACAUUGAAAAUCCUGAUCUGGCAUACUUGCAUGCUGGCAUUGUAUCCAAGUCGUAUGAGUGCCGACUGAAGGGGCAAGGAGCAACCUUUGUGGAAACUACAAGUCCUUUUACUGCAGCAGCACUGGGAGAGGUUUCUCCAGUUAAAGAGAAGGUCUUUCGGGGCAGUAGAAGACAGCCACAGUCACCUGAAGAAGUUCAACAAGUUAUUAUUAUUCAAGGAUACGAUGGUGACUUUGCAAUUGAUGCCUCUGUGGAAGAAACAGCAGCGGCUACCCUUCAGACUCUAGCAAUGGCCGGUCAGAUGGCCAGGGUGGUCCAUAUUACAGAAGAUGGGCAAGUCAUAGCUACAAAUCAAAACGGCUCACACGUGAGCAGUAUGGUUCCAGGGCAGAUACUUACCGAGCAGUUAGCAGAUGGUGCAACGCAGGUGGUAGUGGUUGAAGGAACAGGAACUGGUAUGGAGGAAGCCGUUCGAAUAGAUGCAGUUCCUGACUCCGGUAGCACAGUACUGCAGCAGAUAAUGCGACAAGAAGUUUUAGAUGCUUCUGAAGCUACAGUCCAUCCUCCAGACUCCUCCUCGGCAUUAGAUGCCCUGCUUUGUGCUGUAACAGAGCUGGGUGAAGUGGAAAACAAAUCUGGACUCCUCGACAGGUGCAGGUCUAGUCACAAAGAUUUCUUGCAAAUGCCAAACCCAGAGACACCCAGCGUUCCCAGUGAUGCAGAGGGACAAGAAAUACAAAUGUUCCAUGAAGUUCAAGAGACUCAGGAAGAUACCGAACCUAUGGAAGUAGUGACGCGGGUCAUGCACCCAUCGGCUAUAAUUGCAUCUCAGGAGAGAGCUCAGGCUGCCUUCAAGAAAAUGGUCCAAGGAGUAUUACAGUUUGCUGUAUGUGAUACGGCUGCAGCCGACCAGCUGAUGAAAGAAGGUGUCACUCAGGUCAUAGUAAAUGAGGAAGGGACUGUGCAUAUGGUAGCUAGAGAAGGCUCUCAGAUAAUUAUGCAGGAAGGUGGUAGCCACGCGCUCAGUGUCCAGAGCGAACACAUGGAUUUAGUUGAGUCAGAUGGGGAAAUAUCACAGAUUAUCGUUACAGAAGAAUUAGCUCAAGCCAUGGUUGAGGGUUCUGGUGGCGACUUCUCUGAAGGUGCAACGCACUACAUCGUCACAGAAUUGCCACCAGACAUGCAGGAUGAGCCUGGUGUGUACUCGCAUGCUGUGAUAGAGACAGCUGGAUCUCAAGAGAUUUUGCAGGCUGGUACUGCUAUAAAAACAGAAGCCGUAUCCCCUGAUAGAGCAGAAGAGUUAACAAGCAUGGUCAUUUAUACAGAGGGAGGCUCACAAGUAAUUCAAGGCCAGAGAGAUGAUAACGAAGUAUAAGAAGCACGAAGAGCUUCAUCUCUUAGGCUUUGAUGCAGGGCAAAGCUGGAAAUUACCAGAUCCAUGGAGGCACUGUGUUCCUAGAAAACUUCCUGUAAAACCUUCUCAAUAUAACAUCCUCCUAGCCAGGUAACAAAUACGCGCCCUGCGGGAGGUGAAGGUCAGCUGCUAGGAGGAGUUCCCUGAAAAAGAUAGUACAAUCUUGUUAUAAUAGCUCUAAGAAUUAUUAUAUGGGAUUAUUAUAAAACAAGCAAAUUAGGGUAAAAAAGAGGGAAAAAAAGCCCCCUUUCCCCCAAAGUAGAUAUUGUUCUGAUCACUGCUUUCUUUGUUGUUCGUUUGUUUUUUUUAAACAUUACUUUUACUCAGGGUAAUUCCCUGCCUUCUGUCAUUUUUGUCUAACAUAAUCACAGGAGUAAAAUAAUUCCACUUACAUGUACAUUUUGUGAACAGAUAAAUAAGCAAAAAUACAAACCCCAUAAUAACAAGGUGAACAGGUAAGCUUACAUACUGUAAUUGGUGCCCUUCUUCAUUUUAAAGAAGAACAGGUGACAUUUUGCUUUCUAGAAUCUUACUUUAAAAUAUCCCUGGCUAAAAAUACGUCAUCAAAGUAAGUAUUGUUUGCAUCUAAAAUCGAAAUUUUCAUAGUAGCUUACUCUUUCGUGGUAUCACAUAGGACUUUCCCUAAAGAAGAGCUCAAAAAAGCUACACUUCAGAAAAUUCUCGGUUAUACAUAUUCAGGAAGAAGAACUUGAUGCCUGUAACUUCCACUUAAUUUUAGAUGAGAGUCCUACAUAAGAAAUGCAUUUUUUGAAAAAAAUAUUGUCACUGUCAGUGUUUUGUUUUUCUUAUAAAUAGUUCUUCAUAUAAAUACCAUUUUGCAGUUCAUUUUGUGAGCGACUUCUGAAAUGUUAUGGGGGUUUUUAAAGAAAAUUCUGACAUUGACAUUAACAAGUAGAAAAAAAAAAAAAGAGGUGACCUUGUAUUUCUUGCUUAGUCCAGAAUGUCAGUUAUUUACUUGUGGAUAUACUGCAAUUGGUCAAUGCAAGUUCUUGUUGAAAAGAUUUGUUUCAUGAUACAACUGCUUUUGUUUCUUUAAACAAAUGUAAAAUAUAAACUGGCAAGGUUUGGGGAUUAUUUUUUUUGUCUUUCAAAUAAAAUGUUAGCAUUAAAAUGAAGCAUCAUGAUUUUUAAUAUUAAGCAAUAAACAGAACUGGCAUUCAGCAGGAGCAAACGAA